CGGCGGGCGGGCGGAGGCGGCCCGCUGCCAGCAGCCUGUAGGACCUUGGCUAACGUGCGGCGGUGGGCUGGAGCCUGGCGUGAGGGAGGGGCCGCCGCUCGCGAUGCAGGAUGCUGUAUCCCCGGUGCCGUGACAGGCAAGGCUCUCCCCUGCCCUGCGAGAGGGAAGGAGGCGCCGGCAGCGCCGGACCCGGUCCCCGCCUCCCUCCCGGCCCCGGCCCCGGCCCCGGCCCCAGCCCCGCUGCGCGCUCCCCGCCGAGCCGGGCGCCGCGGCGCCGCACCAGCAGAGCCCCAAGGCACGAGUAUGGCCAGCCCUAAAGCCACAGGGCUCUUCUGGGAGAUCACUUGGCUUGCUAUUGCUAUCUAUGCUCAUCUGCAGACAAGAGCAGAGCAAUCCCAAGGUGCAUACUUCUUGCCUGAGUUUGCACUUUCUCCACAGGGGAGUUUUCUUGAGGAUACCACGGGGGAACAAUUCCUCACUUAUCGUUAUGAUGACCAGACCUCCAGAAUUACCCGCUCUGAUGAAGAUAAGGAAGGCUCCUGGGAUGCCUGGGGGUCCUGGAGUGAUUGCUCACGGACCUGUGGGGGGGGAGCCUCUUACUCGCUGAGGAGAUGUUUAAAUGGCAGGAACUGUGAAGGUCGGAAUAUUCGAUACAAAACCUGCAGUAGUAAUGACUGCCCUUCAGAUGUUGGUGACUUUAGAGCACAACAGUGUUCAGCCUACAAUGAUGUCAAAUACCAGGGACAUUUUUAUGAGUGGAUCCCUGUGUAUAAUGAUCCUACUGCACCGUGUGCCCUGAAAUGUCAAGCUCUGGGAAAGAACUUGAUUGUGGAGCUUGCCCCAAAAGUGCUAGAUGGUACUCGUUGCAAUAUUGAAUCCUUGGAUAUGUGCAUCAGUGGAAUAUGCCAGGCAGUAGGCUGUGAUCGACAACUUGGGAGCAAUGCCAAGGAAGACAACUGUGGAAUCUGUGCAGGAGAUGGUUCAACAUGCAGGCUUGUGAGGGGACAAGCUAAGGCACAUGUCUCACCAGAAAAAAGGGAAGAAACGGUGAUUGCUGUACCACAUGGGAGUCGCAGUGUGAGAAUUACCCUGAAAGGACCAGCACGCCUUGUUAUAGAGUCAAAGACACUACAAGGAGACAAGGGAGAGCACAGUUUCAAUGCUCCUGGAACAUUUAUCAUAGAAAAUACAACUGUUGAAUUUCAGAAGAGUACAGACAGGGAAAUCAUAAAGAUCCAGGGACCUCUUGGAGCAGAUUUCAUUAUCAAGACCAGGUACUCUGGAUCAAAAGAGAGUGUGGUUCAGUUCUUUUUCUAUCAACCCAUCAGUCAUCAGUGGAGGCAAACAGAGUUCUUCCCCUGCACAGUGACGUGUGGAGGAGGUUAUCAGCUUAAUUCAGCUGAAUGCGUGGAUAUUCGUCUGAAGCGUGUUGUUCCUGACCACUAUUGUCAUUACUAUCCAGAAAAUAAGAAACCAAAGCCCAAGCUAAAAGAAUGCAACAUGGAUCCCUGCCCUUCUAGUGACGGAUUUAAAGAAAUCAUGCCCUAUGAUCACUUCCAGCCACUUCCUCGGUGGGAACAUAACCCUUGGACUGCAUGUUCAGUUUCCUGUGGAGGUGGUAUUCAGAGGAGAAGUUUUGUGUGUGUAGAGGAGACCAUUCAUGGAGAGAUACUGCAAGUGGAAGAAUGGAAAUGCAUGUAUGCCCCUAAGCCCAAAGUGAUUCAAACCUGCAAUCUGUUUGAUUGUCCUAAAUGGGUGGCAAUGGAAUGGUCUCAAUGCACAGUGACCUGUGGCCGAGGCUUGCGUUACCGAGUAGUGCUGUGUAUUGACCACCGCGGGCAGCAUGUCGGUGGCUGUAAUCCACAACUUAAACUACACAUAAAAGAAGAGUGCAUCGUGCCAAUACCGUGUUACAAGCCAAAAGAAAAAAAUCCUGUGGAAGCAAAAUUGCCAUGGUUUAAACAGGCACAUGAAAUGGAAGAGACCAGAACAGUCUCAGAAGAGCCAACGUUUAUUCCUGAACCCUGGUCUCCGUGCAGUGCCACGUGUGGCAAUGGCAUACAGGUGCGAGAUGUGAAAUGCCGAAUUCUUCUCGUGUUUACUCAGACUGAGGUUGAACUGCCUGAGGAGGAAUGUGAAGAUGUGAAGCCACCAACAGAACGAGUCUGUCACCAGGCAUCCUGUGACAGUGAUCCUGUCCCCUACACACCAGAAUUUUCACAUGCUGAAGAUGGCAGUGUGAUUUAUGACUGGGAAUACAUUGGUUUUACUCCUUGUUCAGCCACAUGUCUUGGAGGAACACAAGAAGCCAUUGCAAUGUGUCUGCAUGUAGAGACGAAACAAGCCGUCAAUGAAACCCUGUGUGACAAUUCCAAGAGACCACCACCAAUGACUCGUACUUGCAAUAUGAAGCUUUGCCCUCCAAGGUGGCAAAGCAGCUCCUGGAGACGCUGCUCAGCUACGUGCGGGGUUGGGAUACAGACGAGAGAUGUGCACUGCAAGCAGCCGGGGGGAUCUGCUGUUGCUGCUGAAGACUGCAAAGACAAAAAGCCUCAUUCUUUACAAGCUUGUAACCAGAUUGAUUGUCCCCCUGGCUGGCAUGUUGAGGAAUGGCAACAGUGUUCACGUACUUGUGGAGGAGGGAUUCAGACCCGCAAAGUGUACUGUAAGCAGCUGUUGACGGAUGGAAGUUUCCUGAAACACUCUGAUGACACCUGCCCGGAACCUAAAUUGCCAACUAGUAAACCAUGUGCAAAAGUUGAUUGUCCUCCUCAGCUAGUUGUAGGAGAAUGGUCCAAGUGCUCAGUAAGCUGUGGUGUUGGAAUCCAGAGAAGGAAACUUGCCUGCCAAAACCUAACAGCAAAGGGCCAAUAUGUCACAUUAAAUGGAUCAAUGUGUAGUGGUCUGUCUCCUUCACUGCUUGUAAGGACUUGUCAGAUGAAUGCCUGCAACAAGAUUAAACCAAAGCUUCCAGAAAAGUAUUCUGCUCAUGGGCCUCAGAUUGUCAGUAUUCACCGAGUCUAUAUUCAAACAAGACAAGAGAAGCGCAUUAAUUUUACCAUAGGAAGCCGAGCCUACUUACUUCCAAAAACAUCCGUUGUAAUUAAGUGCCCUGUACGAAGGUUCCAGAAAUCACUUAUCCGGUGGGAGAAAGAUGGACAACACUUACAAAACUCUAAAAGACUUGGCAUCACCAAGUCAGGCUCGCUGAAAAUACAUAGUCUUGAAGCCACUGAUAUUGGUGUGUACCGGUGUAUUGCAGGCUCUGUGCAUGAAACAUUUGUACUCAAACUCAUUGGUACGGACAACAGAUUGAUAGAACCACCAAAUCUUAGAAAACAUGCCAGUGAGACCAGUAACCCAGAUCACAAUGAGGCCAACAGCUUUGGGGCCAAAUGGCAUAAAAUGAGCAAAAUGUGGCAAAUGUGGAGUAAGAAGAACGAGCUCUAUCUGGGUGACAGGCAACUAAAUGAUCAGCCAUUUCUGCGACAUCUUGAAAACUUUGGGAGUAAUUCAGCAGAAGACUUCAGCUCUCGUGAAUUCAAGAAUAAACGAUUGGAGGCAGCAGUUCUCCAAGGCGCCUACAGCAUGGACACUGUGCAGUUUGAAGAACUGAUAAGGAACAUGAGUCAGCUCAUUGAAACUGGAGAAGUCAAUGAUGACUUGGCAUCCCAGGUCAUUUAUCAAUUAGUUGCUGAAUUAUCUAGGCCUCCACAGCCAACUACUGAAAAAUGGAAGGGGGCCCAGGAUGAGAAACUUGCCUCAAAACUCACGGGCAAAUCACCAAAUGAAUCUGAACGUUUCAGCACAAAAACUGUUGAUAAGUUAAUGUUUGACCAGAAGGUUCCAGUUAUUAUGAGGCAAAAGGAAAUUCCUCGAGUUUCCUUCAACAAAACAGUAACUGUACGAAUUGGAAAUACAGUUUUUCUGACCAAGAAUACUCAUGCUGUCAAUCUCCUGUGUGAAACAGCUGGUAUUAGUGAAGUGAAAUAUACUUGGACAAAAGAUGGCGAGACAUUAAAAGCCUCUGAGAAGGUGAUCCUGGACACCAUUGGAAAAGUGCAGAUUCGGAAUCCUAGUCAAAAGGAACUUGGUACAUAUGGAUGCCUGGUUGUUAAUGACUUUGGUAUUGAUAUGGAAACAUCAUUGCUAUUGCGUGCAGAGAUUCCUGUCAUCUUGUCCUCUGAGUUGAAUGUAACAAAUCUGGAAGCCAGCAGUCUCUCAGCAGUUGUUGGAGGUACAAUCGUGGCAAGAAUUGGAGCAAAUAUUAUGGUUGAUUGUCCAGUGAAAGGUGUUCCCCGACCAAAUGUAACAUGGUUUAAGAAGAAAGACAUUCUACAAAUCAAUUCUUUCUUGGUUUUGAAUGGCUCUUUAUUUCUGAGGAAUGUUUCCUAUGAAGAUGCAGGAACAUACACUUGCAGAGCAACUAACGCUCUUGGAAAAGCUGAAGCUGCGUCUGUUCUUCACUUAACUGAACAAAGAUUUACAGAGAAUAACACUCUAUUAUCAAAGGUAAGCAGAAGAAAGCGUGUCCUAAUGGCAUCUGGAAUUGGUACAAAUGUCAGUGUGGUACCUGGAGAGCCACUAAGAAUAGGUUGCCCGGUGCUGCCCAGCUACAGAAAUACAGUUCACUGGCUUUUCAGAGAUAGUCCAAUUGAGGAAGUUAAGACCUUGGAAUACCGAACCCUGGUUGGGGGUCGUAUCCUAGAGGUGAACACCAACUCUGGUCAAUUUGCUGGACAAUUCCAAUGUUGGACUUCAGCUAGUGCAAAACUAAUGUCAGUUUGGGUAAAUGUCAAGAAGGAAGAUUAUAAAUGGGAAUAUGCAGAGUGGAGUACUUGCUCUGCUAGCUGUGGGAAUUCAGGAACCCGCUCCAGAAGACUACAGUGCAUGAAUGCAGAGAAGCAGCAAGUAAAUGAAUCAUUAUGCAGAGAGCUGCAAAAGCCAGGGAUUAUUUACCAGUCAUGCAACAGAGAUGACUGCCCUGCCAGGUGGGUAAGUAGUCCAUGGUCUGAGUGCUCUGCAUCUUGUGGCAAUGGAUUUCGCUAUCGACAAAUAGCUUGUCAACAAGUAAAAGCCAAUGGCACUGUGCUGACACUGCUACCAGAUGCUUGUAAACACAGAGAUCGUCCUGUGGGAAGGAAAUCCUGUAUGGGUCAUUUGUGUACAGUGGGGACAGUACAGACAAAGGGACAGUGUUCUGGUCGCUGUGUAGGCCGCCCUGUAGGUUUACAGCAUCGUCACUUUAUAUGUCAACUUCGUAACGGAUCUUUGGUGCCAAACUCUUCUUGUGAUGAAAGAAAGAGGUCUCCUCUCAGAAGAAACUGUUCUUCAGAGGCAUGUGAUGUCUAUUGGCGGACAGGCCCUUGGAGGCCUUGCAGUGUGGACUGUGGGAGCGGAUUUCAGUCAAGACGAGUGUGCUGUGUACACAGAAAGAGUAACAAACCUGUGGCUGAUCAGUAUUGCGGAUGGAGGAAGAGACCAGUGACCUGGCAACACUGCAAUGACACAUCCUGUGGCAAAGGCGAAUGCAAGGAUACAACUCACUACUGUACAUUUGUAAAGCAGCUAAAGUUAUGCUUGAUAGACACCUACAAACAAAGAUGUUGUCAAUCAUGUCAAGAAAUGUAACUCUUCUAUGGAAAGUUCAUGAUGCUGCAGUGAAGAGAUGAGAAGAGAGGUUCAUUAAACUAGUCUGCUCAAAGUAUAUACUUGUAAAUAAGACAUUAGUCAUAACAGUAAAAUGGAAACAUGGGGCUAAUGAAAAAACAGUAUUGCAGAUUGAUAUGCUGGACAGGAUAUUUUUUCUGGGAACUUUCAUUAUCUGCUCUUUGCAAUGGAACUUUUAAUGUUUUAAACAUUUUCAUGUCUGGAUUAGGAAGAUAAUAUCAUGGCAUAUCAUCUGUAAAAUUUUACAGGCCAUCACACUAUAAUUUUAGCAGGGAAAAAGCGUUAUCUAAAAGCACCAAGUAGUGCUUACUGUCCUUAACUUAUGAGAAAAACAAAGUCACAAAAUCCUUUGAAGAAUUUUGGAAUGCAGCAACUAUUGACCCCUAGGUUUUGUUUUUAUUGUUUUAUCAGAUUUAACACAAUUUUUAAAUUUAUAGAAGCUGUGGCUUGUAGCUGUAAAAUUUUUGGCAGCAACUUCAUUUUCAUAAACAGCUUGAGCUUAAGGGUCGAUCUCACAGGAUAUGUUUUACUGAUAUUAGCUGUCAGAUGGAUACACAGAAGUACAUUCCAUUUUUCAUGCUUGUAUUUAUGUGUAUGCAGUAAAAGACAUUGUAGAUGCUAGUACAAUUUUCAAAACAGCAGUAGAUCUGUUUUGAAUAAAUGAGGUGUCAUUUUCCAUUGUUUCUAUUCUUCUGCUCCAGUCACUGAAGUACAAUCGAAGUUCUGGCAUGAUUAGACUUCUCUACUGAUUUUAAAUUAGACACAAGGUUUCCUUGUCAGAGCUGUGAAUGAAACAUUUGUAAGCACUGUUCUCUUGCACAUCAAGUCAAAUGGGGAGCCAAUAACGGGCCAAAUAUGGCUGUCAGAUUUUCUGUCUUGAAUAAAUAUUCCUCCCCGCCCCCCCCCCCAUUAAUGGGGAAAAAUGUCUGAGGAAGAAUUAUUAAUUAUGAAGAUAGACAAGUGCAAGAAAUAUAUUUUGAGCAGUUUUCCAUCAAGAUGACUUUUCAUCAUGACCAUUAGCCAUUUGAGUCUUUUGCAAGUUGAUAAAUUCUGAUUAUGAUAUUCCCGGGUAAAUUAUUUUCCGUAUUGCAGAUUGUCUCAUUAGGGCCGCAAGCAGAGAGAACCCCAUAGGAGGCAGCAGAUAGAUGGUUUAUUUCUUUUGUAGUUUCCAAACUACUGCACAUAUUGGAGCCCUGAAUGCUUGUAUUGACUUGGAUCUUGUGUUACAUUACUGAACUACAUUACAUGCUAAUUAGCAGGCAUGCUGUAAGAACAGUUUUAGAAACAGCAUUCCUGCAAAAUGGGUUUGCAUCACUGAAAAUUAGAUUAGCACUACUGUAUAGAAAAUGUUUAAUGUGGACUAUUGUGUCCAAGGCUGACUGCAAGGAGAGGAUAUUCUUGAUCAUUACCUUUUUAAUUAGCAAUGGGUCUUGAUUGUUUAAGCAGUUUUUUAAAUUAAAAGAAAACAUUUGUAAGAUACUUUUGUAGAUAUUUAUUGUCUGAUUUAAAAGUGCAAUAUUUUGUUUUGUACAGUGUUUAAUAAAGAUUUUUGGACAUAUAUUUUUUCUUAUUACCAAGAUUUCUUAUUCAUGUUUUUCCUUUAUAUUUAAAGUUUUCAAAUGUUAACACAUAGCAUUUUUUUGUUGCUUUUAUUUUGUCUUUGGUUAAGUAUGCAUGCUAUACAGAAGCAGUGCUGUAAAUGUUUAUUAUUGCAAUUGGCAUGACAUUCCUCUGUAGAUUAUUUUAUUGCUUCUCUAGUAACUGAAGAUUUUAGCUUUCUUGAACGUAGUUUUGGUAUUUCUGAAAUAAAGUCUAGUUUGAUUAUUCAA